AUGGAUGUUGCAGAGCGCGUACGCAAACUGCCUGUGGAGCUCCAGCUGAUCGUCCUCGUGCAAACGGUACACGCCCCGAAAGUCCAUUUCUUGAAACCGUUCAAGAACUACAACGGCGGUUUGGUAAAUCAGCCGCAUGGUUUUCCUGGAAUGUUUUUCAAUAACGGAGAGCCCGGCGUGGAGGAAGUGAGUCCGCAGUCAGGAGCUAGCAAGCUUGCCAAGUUGUUCAUGGAGAUCAACGUCGCUGCCAAGAAGAACUACAAUAAGCAUUUGACGUCCAUCGCCCUGAACCCUUCCAUGUUUCCCAUCAACACGGUCAAGCCAGGAGUGCCGCAUAUCAAGGUCGACAUGGUCAACGACGUCUUCUGUGUCUCGAGCAAUGGGCAGUACCCAUUCUUUUCCGGAGAGAGAUUCUGUGGAGGCGUCUCUGUGUGGCACAAGGAGCUCAAGAACAUGCACCGAGUCUGCAUGGGUCUUCCAAGCUUUGACCUAGCCGCACACAACUACUACUGUCAAGACUGCGACAGAAACCAUCAGGUCGUGCCUCAGAAGUUCCCUGGAGACAACAUCGAGUUCUGCAAUAGAUGCAUUGGACUCUGGUUUGCCCGCCUCAUCAAGCUCGAGCAGGUCUACAUCAUCGUCCCAGGUCUGCCCAAAGCCCAGACGACCGACCAGCAAUACAUCUCCCGCUACGGUGAGCUGGCCACAGUCGACGGAGCCUUCGCAGAAGCUGUACAGAAAGACCCUACCUGCCAGGUUGUGGGGUCGUACCCUUUCCACGUGAACACCGGUUUCGUUGCCGGCCCAGUGAUAGCCAGCCACACCGUCGAGGGAUUCGGAAACGGCGGGCCCUGCAGCUUCGAAGGCAACGGAAUCACCCUGUACGAGGUGGCCGCCUCGGACGUCCCCGACCGGGCUGUGCGGUUCAUGGACACCUUGGUGCGUUCGUACGCGAGAAAGCGUGUAAGAUGGACAUAUUUGACCUCGGGCACAAGCCCACCACCCGUCCCAGAGGAUCCCAAAGUCUGUGAUGGAAUGGUCGAGUUCAAGUUUCUGUCCUUCUCUCAGGGCUUCUAG